AUGUACCUGUUCUACUACAACCUCACCAGCAUUGAAUUAUGUGGCAAAUGCAAAUAUUUAAGUCCUGCUGGGAAGAGUGAGUUGGAUAAAUCCGUGAUCAAUAGCAUCGCCACAGGAGAUGAGACACUUCGGAACCAUAGCCUCAUCCGGAUUUGGUGUGACCCCAGCCCCUCAGAGGUUGUUACUGACAUGCCCCGGGCAGAUGCCAAUAUCAGCUGGACCCUGGGGAACACCACUGGGGAGAAAUGUCAGCAUCUGUUUGUGGACACCUCAUUGCCAGACCUGGCUGUGGGCCUGAUCCUGCUUGCUGGCUCCCUUACCCUACUGUGCACCUGCCUCAUCCUUCUGGUUAAGCUGCUGAACUCUGUGCUCCAGGGACAGGUAGCCAAGGUGGUCCAGACAGUCAUCAACACUGAUUUCCCACAUCCCUUCACCUGGGUGACUGGCUACUUCGCCAUGGUGGUGGGUGCUGGUAUGACUUUUGUGGUACAGAGUAGUUCCGUGUUCACUUCAGCCAUCACCCCACUCAUUGGUCUGGGCGUGAUCAGCAUCGAACGAGCCUAUCCCCUCACCCUAGGCUCCAACAUUGGCACUACCACCACUGCCAUCCUUGCUGCCCUUGCCAGCCCUAGAGAAAAGCUCUCCAGUGCCUUUCAGAUUGCCCUGUGCCACUUCUUUUUCAAUAUCUCUGGCAUCUUGCUGUGGUACCCAAUACCCUGCACACGGCUGCCCAUCCACAUGGCCAAGGCCCUGGGCCGGCGCACUGCCAAGUACCGCUGGUUUGCCGUGCUUUACCUGCUGAUCUGCUUCCUGCUGCUGCCCUCGCUGGUGUUUGGUGUCUCUAUGGCAGGCUGGCGGGCCAUGGUGGGUGUGGGGGCCCCUUUUGGGGCACUGCUGGCCUGCGUUGCUCUGGUCAACCUACUCCAAAACCGGAGCCCUGCCCGGCUACCCAAGUGGCUCCAGACUUGGGAUUUCCUUCCCUACUGGAUGCAUUCACUGAAGCCCCUUGACCGGCUAAUCACUCGAGCUACCCUGUGCUGUACCCACCCUGAGCCACGCUCCCCGCCACUGCCUGCCCGAGUUUAUCUGGAGGAGCUCCCCACAGCCACACCCUCCCCACGCCUUGGGGUGCUCCCCCCAGGCACACCCUCCUCCCCACGCCUUGGGGUGCUCCCCCCAGACACACCCUCUUCCCCACGCCUUGGGGUGCUCCCCCCAGACACACCCUCCCCACGCCUUGGGGUGCUCCCCCAGCACAACGCCACUAGGCUCUAAUGGGUGGUCCAAGGGGAAUUCCUGAGUCAUUCCUACCAGGAGCUCAUUCCAAAACAUGUCUAUGUAUGUUCGGGUGUGUGCAUGGGGGUGUAUGUGUCUGGAUUGGGGGCACAGUUAGAGGUUGUGUAUACACACAGACAUAAAAUAUUAGAACUGGAAAAGAUUUUCCUUAGUCCUACCACCUCUUUGAGGAAACUGAGGCCCAGAACCAGAAAGAGACUUUGUGCCCAAAGUCACACGACUGGUUAGCGGUGGAGUUGGGAUUAAACUGAGUUCUGCCUCUUGGCUCAGAACAUGACUAGGCCACA